GUAGAUAAAUAUCACAACGCGCCAUUGUUUAAAAGGUAUAAAUCUUACUUUUUCAUAAAUCAUGUUAACAUAUUAUCUGUAUGAUAAUAUUUUUCAACAAAUACCUGUCCCAGUUAUGCACAAUCAUUACCUUCACUUCAGUCUUCCAAAAAAAAAAAAAAAAUCAUAAAAUAAGUUAACGAGCACAACAACUUCUACGCGUUCAGAUUUCCACGAGAAUACUUAAAGGAGGUAAAAAAAACCAAAAAAAAAACCGAUAUGAUUAAGAUGCCAAAUCUGACUUCUUAAGAACCGUGGCAAAAUACAAAAUUACACGCAGGUUUUAAAAAGCCAUGUCUUUGCACCAAAAGAUUGUACUCGCUCUCCAUCUGCUGUAGAGAAAACGCCAGUGUCGCGCGCUUCGGAGUCCCACCUCGCGCCGCCGCUUGGCGUCUCCAGCCGUCGUCAUCUGCAAAUGCACAGUUCUUAUCUUGGUCUGCAGGCAGCUUGCUUGUCGGAGACUGUUAACAAACGGCAUUGUCUACUAAAAAGUCAGAGUACAAAAGUGUUUACACGCGACUGAGGAGGGCGAGAGAGGGGGGUGCUGUUGCAUAUAUAUGGCCCAUUGAAGCAACAGUAGCAUGAUCACUAAGAGAACAGCCCGAGGGAGAAGCGCUCGAGCUCAAUUUCAGCUAUACAGAAGCGGGUUUUUAUUUUAACAAUUAUUAUUUUGCAUUUUAGUUUAUCGGGUUGCUGUCAUCUACACUGUAUAUGGAAUAUAAUUUUUGGAACACAAAAGAACAAAAGAAGAUAACACUUAAACUGAAGUUCAAAAUGGAAUUACGCGUACUUAUCUCAGUGAUACCGAUCAUUGUCUCUGGGUUUUUACAAACAGUGACUUCAGUAUCGAUGAGUCAGGAGACAGAGCCGGUGGCCACCGCGCGACCUUCCACGCGCCACAUCAGGACAAAGCGCUGCUCCUGCGCUACGUUCUUGGACAAGGAGUGCGUCUAUUUCUGUCAUCUCGACAUCAUAUGGGUCAACACGCCAGAACGCACAGUAUCCUACGGUCUGGGAAGUGCUCCUAGAAAGAAGCGGUCGCUCGAGAAGCCCUUGCCGCUCACGCGCACACAGCAGAAAAGACGCUGCCAGUGCGCGGAUAAAGAAGACAGCACGUGCUUGAUGUUCUGUCAAAAAGAUAACACACCGACUCGGUUGCGGGCAGCGAGUGCUCCAGCCCAGGGCCAUGGAUGCGCCGCGUGGCAGUGCUUGUACGACCUGGCAGCCAACAAGGGGGGGAUUAACAGGGCAAACGUCGGCAACCUGAGAAUCGGGACCUCCUCGGCCCUGAGGAGCGUGUGGAGGGCGAUAGGUUUGCGCCGGGCGCGGGCGCGUGGACGGGGGCGGGGACGGGUUAGAACGGGCGGGAACACGGCCUGAGUCCUGUCCUCCCCCCCCCCCCCCCCACCCCCUGUCCCGCUACCGAAAGGGACACGGAGACCUUUGCGAAAGGGGAGGUUUGGCACAAUGGACCAACGAGCGGAAGACCCCCUCCCUUCUGGUAGACAUCUCAGGACGGUCCACACAGCGACGCCCCUCAGAGGAUGGAGCAGGAGCGGGGGCGGGGCGGGGCGGGGGGUGGGGGGGUUGUAGCAGGACGAAAGCUCCAUCGCCUCAAGGUCGCUCCAUCGCCUCAAGGUCGCUCCAUCGCCUCAAGGUCACGUGCACAGAGUUAAAUGGAUGUGUGGCACAGGACCUACAGUUCAGGACCUAAACGCCUCUCUCUCUCUCCCACCAAGUCGUCCAGUAGCAUUUACCCAUCAAACCCCCCACCCGCGGAAAUUUUAAAGCUACCUCUCCCGUGUCCUGCCGCAAGUCAGAAGCACCCUUCCUCAGUCGCCCCCUUUUUUCUUCGAACUUCGCAGCGGUCGGAAUUCGCGAAUAAAUCGCAAAAAGUUACUGAAAAUGAGAACAUUCAGAAGCAUGGAGAUAAGCGAAGACUGUAACCUAAGAAGAUGAUUGGCCGCACAUUCUCUUGUCCAUGAGACUCAGCUCCCACUGGGAACUGACUAUUUCCUAUAAGGCAACAGAAUGAAAUGUCUCUCUCUGGAUGUAAAAGAGAUGAAAACCCACAGGCCUAUUAUAUAUAUAUAAGCCAGUUUCGGGGACUUUUCUUCCAUGGUUUUGGGGUUCACCAUUUUAGCCUCGAAGAUUCCACCAUUAUGAAUGUCCAUUCCAACAUGGGACAGAGGGUUUUUUUGUAUUUUUCUUUUGUAUAAAAUACAUAUGACCUUUCUAUACACAUUGUAUAAUGACAGUUAUGUAAGAUGACAAUUAUAUGUUACUGCAAAUUCCUUUGUCCUUCAGCAGGUUAAUCUAUCCAUGUUAAAUAUGUAUUGUAACUUGGCCACAUUGGUCUGUGACUUUCGCCGUCUGUCAUUUCUGUGAAAUGGUUCAUCAGAAUAAUGCCACGAAAAAGGCAUACAGUAAUAUGAAAUAAAAACAACUGCCUAUUUAAACUACA